CAGUGAAAAGUCAAUCAAUUUCAAUAGAUUUGUAUUGUUGGAAUUCAUAUAUGAGAAAUAAUUUUUCAAAUAAAAAGACUAGUGAAAAGUAUUUGUUCUAGCAAAAUGCCCGCAGCUACUGUGGCUAAGCCGGGCCAUGGUCCUAAUCAAGGCAUAUUCCACAAUACAACCGGCUUUAGCACGCUUAUCACGGUUACAGUUCUGACCCUUGCUUGGUUGGCCGGCUUUGCAUCCCGGCUUUUUGCAGUUAUUCGCUUCGAAAGUAUUAUUCAUGAAUUCGAUCCAUGGUUCAACUAUAGAUCUACUGCGUAUAUGGUGCAGCAUGGGUUUUAUAAUUUUUUGAAUUGGUUCGAUGAGAGGGCGUGGUACCCUUUAGGAAGAAUUGUUGGUGGUACAGUUUACCCAGGUCUUAUGAUCACAUCUGGUACCAUACACUGGAUUCUACACACACUUAAUAUUCCCAUUCAUAUUAGAGAUAUUUGUGUGUUUUUAGCCCCUGUGUUCAGUGGUCUUACUGCAAUAGCCACUUAUCUGUUAACAUCGGAAUUAUGGUCAAGAGGAGCCGGUCUGUUUGCUGCUUGCUUCAUAGCAAUAGUGCCAGGGUACAGCAGCAGAUCUGUGGCGGGAAGUUAUGAUAAUGAAGGAAUAGCUAUCUUUGCAUUACAAUUCACAUACUAUCUGUGGCUGAAAAGUGUUAAAAGCGGUUCCGUUUUCUGGUCAAUUUGUACAGCUUUGUCAUAUUUUUACAUGGUGUCGGCAUGGGGUGGAUAUGUUUUCAUUAUAAAUUUGAUCCCCCUUCAUGUGUUUGUACUGCUGAUAAUGGGAAGGUUCUCUCAGAGACUAUUUGUCAGUUAUACAGUGUUCUAUAUCAUAGGAUUACUGUUCUCCAUGCAAAUACCAUUUGUCGGCUUUCAACCAAUCAGAACUAGUGAGCAUAUGGCUGCAUCAGGAGUAUUUGCUCUACUAAUGGCGGUUGGAGCUUUGAAGUAUUUACACAGUCUGAAUCCUAAAGGACAGUGGAAGCAGUUACUGAUACUUGGCACACUUGUAGCAGCUGGUGCUGUGUUCCUCGUAGUUGUUCUGUUGACCUACAUGGGAGUUAUUGCUCCAUGGAGUGGACGAUUCUAUUCAUUAUGGGAUACAGGAUAUGCAAAGAUCCACAUUCCUAUAAUUGCAUCUGUGUCGGAACAUCAGCCCACCACCUGGUCAUCAUUUUUCUUUGACCUUCAUGUUUUGGUUUGCACCUUCCCAGUGGGCUUAUGGUAUUGCAUCAAGAAUAUAAAUGAUGAGAGAGUUUUUGUCGCGCUAUACGCCUUAAGUGCGGUAUACUUCGCUGGUGUGAUGGUGCGGCUGAUGCUAACACUCACUCCGGUGGUGUGCGUGCUGGCCGGGAUCGCUUUUUCGAUUAUAUUGGAUCUAGUGCUGAAGGAGGACGAACUACCAGUGGUGAAUGCUGAAAGUGAAGAAUCAAAGAAUCUUUAUGAUAAGGCCAGUAAAACCAAGAAGCGUAUCCAGGAGCCCACACAGGUUCAGGAUCAGGGGUUGGGACUGUAUGCUCGGCCCGGAACAGUCAUUGCUUUUAUGAUACUGCUGAUGUUGUUCUCCGUUCACUGCACUUGGGCCACCUCUAACGCGUACUCCAGCCCUAGUAUUGUGCUGGCGAGCUAUGGUAAUGACGGAUCAAGAAGGAUAUUGGAUGACUUCAGAGAGGCUUACGGUUGGUUGUCACAAAACACGGCUGAAGAUGCUAGAGUUAUGUCUUGGUGGGAUUAUGGUUAUCAGAUAGCGGGCAUGGGCAACCGCACGACGCUGGUGGACAACAACACGUGGAACAACUCGCACAUAGCGCUGGUGGGCAAGGCGAUGGCGAGCAACGAGAGCGCCGCGCACGCCAUCAUGACGCGCCUCGACGUGGACUACGUGCUGGUCAUCUUCGGCGGCGCCAUCGGCUACUCGGGGGACGACAUCAACAAGUUCAUCUGGAUGGUGCGCAUCGCCGAGGGGGAGCACCCCAAGGAUAUACACGAAGCUGAUUAUUUCACAGAGAGAGGGGAAUAUAGGGUAGAUGCGGAAGGUUCCAAGACUAUGUUAAAUUGUUUAAUGUACAAGCUAUCAUAUUAUAGAUACGACUCUGGCGGCAGUCCGCCGGGCUACGACCGCACGCGCAACGCGUUGCCCGGCAACCGCGGUUUCAAACUCACCUACCUUGAGGAAGCCUACACCACCGAGCAUUGGCUCGUUAGGAUAUACAGAGUGAAGAAGCCGGAUGAGUUCAAUCGUCCUCGGCUGCCUCUAGCCAAGAGGACAAUAUCCACUAACAAUGCUAUCUCCAAAAAGACAUCUAAAAGAAGAAAAGGUCUGCUUAAAAACAAGCCAACAGUUGUGAAAGGUAAGAAAAUGACGAGGUUGGAGUGACCUCGAGCCUAGUUAAGAGUUAUCAGUGGUAGAUGCGGCGCUAAGAUCGUGUCAUCAAACAACUUGUACAAUUAACCAUUCCAUGAUUCCAAGCUUAAGUGCUUCUUAUUUUGAUGAAAAUAAAACUCAUUUCAAUUUAACAUCUGGAUGUAUCAAAUCAUUUUAUAGUUGAAUGUUUUAUUUACUACACGUGUUUUUAUUUAGCGGAGUGGAGAGACUCAAAUUGUUUUAAUCAAGUAGCACUUCUGAAGCCAGACGAAUGAGAGAAAUCUUGUACACGUGUUUGAUGAUUUUCCUCGUAGGUAACACAUAGCGAUAAAUUGGAUUGUAAUUUCAUGAAUAACUAACACUAUGCGGGUGUUUUAUAACGCAAGGUUUUCAGGAAUAUAUUCGUUUAAAACUAAGUAGUACACUUCUUUGUAUUGUACAUAUAAAUAUUGCCAAUAGUGUGACUUACUGCAUUACCAUGUACUAAUUCUUAUCAAACAUAUUUUUGUAUGAAAACUGAUUUGGAACUUGUAAAAACAUCAUGAGAGAUUUACCCUGUAAAAUAAAGUAAUUUUACAUUUUCAACAAUUUCAGUUAAAUUAUAAUGAUAUGUAUUUUUUCUCAAAAAAGCCCCUUAGGAAUAUUACAAAUGAUUUGGCCAAAUAUGUUAUGAAUUGUAUGCUAUCUAGUUUGUUGUCACUAUAUAAAAUUAUUAAUAUCUUGUAGAUAUAUUCGGAUCGAUAAUAUAACUUGUGGCGGGCAUCAUUACCACUGAUAAUGUUUUAAACUACGUGACUGACACCAAUUAUGUGUAUUAAGUCCAUUAGAUAUCGUGUUUCUUAAAUUUUUAGGCGAUUGUUUUUGAUUUUAAUAAAAAAUUUCUAUCGAUUACGUGGUCUCAAUGAAUUCUUUAAUUUUUGCAGCUUGUGUUUUUAUUUGAAUAUUAACUUGCAUUUCUUAUCUAUUUAUUUAAUGUUAUAUCUCUAUUCUAAAGGCACAAUUUGAACUCUAAAAGCACAAUUACGAUCGGUGUUUUUCGAGGAAACAAUGUUGUAUGCUAUUGAUUUUAUUAUAGAAAAAUCUAAAUGGCCAUGUAGUCGAUAUUAUUUAUAGUGCAAAGUGUGUUAGUGCGGGUUUGGAGAACCUGAAUCGAACCUUUAUGCCUUCUUUUAACUGCCGCAUUAGAUUCAUGUUUUUUCAUACAUCUCGAGGUAAUUAAUUCUUCUGCCAUUAUACUCUUAUAAUUUGAUUGUUUGUAUCGUGACGGUUCUCCACUCCUAGUUUAGUGUACGUGAUUACGACGUCCAUUUGUAUGUUAAUUAAAUAGUUGAAUAUUGUUCCAUAAUGUUUUUCAUAACCAUUAUAUUGUACUACUCACUUUUCAACACUCACUUUUAAGAUUCCCAUUUUAUAAAUGGUUAAGUAUGUGUCACUUUUUCGAAUUAAAAUAAAUUCAAAAUUCUUAACUUUUCAAAAUGACUUGAUGGAAAACAAACACGAAAACUUACUCCAAAGGUACUAAAUAAUAUAUAAAGUAGCUAGAAUCUACUUUUAAUGGAAGGAAAUUUUUAAAUAUUUGUUAUGUACCUAAACUGUCCGCUUAAACGAUAAAUAUACAGGUACUUAUCUCAAUGAUAUGGAAAAUGAAGGCUUUUUGAAUAGGUGUUAAUUAUUUCAGUGCACUGGUCUAUGUUCAAUCGAGAUUAGCUUUUACUUUUAUGUACUUAGCAUACUUAAAUAUGUUUUGUAUUGCUGUGCAGUUGUGGACGGAAAAAGUGCAAUUCCAGCUCUUAUAGCGAAAUAUACAAGGAAUGCAUUGCAUAUUAUGUUAUAGCGCUAUUACCACCAAAGAGAUAAAGAGAUUGAGUUUCUUCGUCUGAGGAGUGGAGUCUAAUAUAGUUACUAUACUCGUUAAGAUCAGUGAAAUACAAUACCACUCAUUACAUACAUAAGAGAGGAUUAAGGUAGCUUGAAACAUUCUAAUAGUCGUUUCUUUUUCGACCAGUGCAUAUAAAAGGUCGUUUAGUUUUUCAUGCAUUGACUUCUUGUGUGCGUGUUUAAGUUUUCAAUUCUCGCAACUGACUCUUAUUAUGAAUAUUAUGUUGUUUAAUUUUAUUGUUGCACAGCACUAUAUUGUUUUCUUAUUGUGACAGAGGUUUAUAGUCUAGAUAAGAUGCUAUUGUACUUUACAAUGUGUUCUGAUUAAACAGCUGAUGAUGA